UGUACAUCAAAAAAUUCCACAAACGAGUUGAAACGAGUUGAUGUGAAGGAAAACGUACAUCCAAAAUUUACAAUACUAAUCAAACCAAAUUAUCAAUCGAAACUUUAUAACAUUUACAGAAGAUAGAAGGUCUGACGAAUAUGAAUACAACUGCUUCGUUCUCAUCAGAACAUUCAUGGAGCAGACGUUGUUCAACUGAAACCGUUUUUAGCAUCCAAGGAAAAGAAACUGAUAUUGUGCGUGACACGAGUGACACAGAGUGGGCGAGCAGCGAGGAGGAGCGUGACGUGGAGUACGAGCCAGUGACAGAGCCCGAGGACGACGCCCCACUCUCCUGGCAGUCCUCCAGCGGUAGCGACAACGAAAUAAUAACGACAAAAGUGAUAGAGGUAUCAAUGCGAGACGACGGCGACCUCGUGUUCGCCGACUCCGAGCAGACAGAGUCAAAUGGCAGCGACAGCGAGAUUGAUCUGCACGAUUACUGGUACUGCGCGCAAUGCCUCGCGCGCAACAACAACCCCCUCUAUCGAUACUGCGAGAAGUGCUUCAAGGUACGUAAAAACUUCUUCCCGCCGAGGCCGAAGCGAAAACACAAGCGUAACUCGCUCGAGCGCGACAACACACGGAUAGAUCCUGACAUAAAUACAAAAGACGAGGAUAUCGUCGUAUCUAGGAUCGAUUCCGACAACAUGGCGCGUCUGUCACAGGACUCGGGGGUCGAAUCCUUAGGCAUCAUAUCAGCCUCCAGCCAGGAACUGGGUCCCAGCGAAGGGGUCGGUCUCUCAGCUGAUAAUGAGGUCAAAAGUGAGACUAGUUUAAGCCAAAAUGUGAUAUUAAAUAGACGGAAACGUCGCGCGGAAUCCGCCGACCGUAGGGACAAACGUAUGAAAGUUGACUAUUCAGAUUCCGAAAGCGAUUCGGAUAGCGAAACGAAAGUUAAACCGUUAGUUAAAAUGGUUAGUGAUCCAUCUCUAUCAAUACAAGAGAUAGAUUCUGUUAAAUUAUCCAAAAAGGCUAUUAUCAAUUCAAUAAAGGAGAAUCUAGAUGGGGAUGAUAAUAUGUGCAUAAUUUGCUUUUCUAAACCAAAGUCUGGUGUCUUUGUCCACGGUAGAAUAGCACACAUAUGUUGUUGUUACAACUGCGCAGUAAAAGUUUGGGCUAAAGCUAAACGUUGUCCCGUCUGCAACUGUAAAGUCAGUAAUGUACUCAAGGCGGUCGUUAUGUAGUCGGUAGGAUUUGUAAAUAAUUUGUUGAUUACCUUUUGUUGGUCGUUGAAUAAUUGUUAAUUAUCUUACUAUGGUACUGAAGUAAACAGUGGCCAUGUUCAAUCAUAACUUGCUAAAACAAAAAUAUUUCUCUAACACAAUAACUUAUGCAAGAUGAAGGAAGAUUAGUCUAUUUUCAAGAAGUGUGGUUAUUAGUAUAACACUUUCAGGGUAGGUAGAUUCAGGGUACAUUUCUGGAAUAUACCGAUACGUUUUUAAUUCGAUCUAGGUUUAAAUCUAGAUUUAGGCGUUGUGGCUAUGUACCUGAUCAAAUGAUCGCGUGGAUUUUGUAUAUAGUAAUAGAAGAGUUUGCAAAUUGCAUUAAAAUUGUCUAGUUCUUAGAGUGAUAUAUUCAGAGUAAGUUUUUUUGAUUAGAUUACUAGUUUUCCACCGAAAAGAGAUAAUAUAUUGUUUAUGUAAAGUCUAGGUUAGGUCGUAAAAGAAAAUAGGUUAAAUACAAAAAAAUCGUCACAUAAUUUAAGGUCAAAUGAGGUUUCGACCUAAAUAAAUGUAACCUCAAAUCUUAUUUAGUUGUCUUAAGUUUGAAACAUGUUUUAGUAUACAGCAAGAAAUCAUACAUACGCUUAUUUCAGAGUUAGAAUAUUAAUAUGUUUCCAUGUUAGUCGGCAAGUACAGAAUAAAUUCGUGUUUCGUACGGUUUUUGUGCAAUAAAAUAAA